GUUUUACUCAUUUAAGAAAGUAAUGCAUGAAUUAGGCAUAAGACUUGAAUUGGUGUCAAUGAUGAGCGCUUCCAAAGGUUUUAUGGGCGAAUGCGGUCUUCGGGGCGGAUAUUUAGAGAUCACUAAUUUUGAUGCACAAGUGAAGGCCAUGUUCUUGAAGAUGCUGAGCGCCCGACUCUGUUCAUCCAUUUUAGGCCAAAUAGCGAUGGAUUGUGUGGUGAAACCGCCUGCCAUUGGAUCGCCUUCUUAUGAGAGGUUUAUCAAAGAAAAGGAAGAAGUCUUAGAAUCUCUACGAUUGAGGGCUAAACUGACAGCCGAUACGUUUAAUUCAAUACCAGGAAUAGUGUCCAAUCCAGUGGCCGGCGCUAUGUAUGCCUUUCCCAGAAUUGUUUUGCCAGAAAAAGCUAUUAAAGCGGCCGAAGAGAGGGGACAGAAAGCAGACUUUUUCUAUGCCAUGACUUUACUGGAAAAGGCGGGUAUUUGUGUAGUGCCGGGCUCUGGCUUUGGCCAAAUUCCU